CCUGACAUGGCUCCUUUCGGUGCAGGGCCUCCCGGCUGCUUCGGCUGCUUCCAGGCAGGCAGUGCUGGUGGCGCACCCACGUUGGGAAGAGCCUGGGACUAGCGGGGAAACGCUGAGCGGCGAUGUGCAUCAGGACCCGCAGGGGCAGGCCGCAGGGGCCUGGCAGCUCGCGCAGUGGGGAGCCACGUCCCUGCGCUCUUCCUGGCAUGCAGGGCUGCGGAUGCGCCCACUGAAGCUCGGCCUUCCAGGCCCUGGUGUCGGAAUCGGGGUGGACACCUGAGAGAGCCCCAGGGAGUACCCCGCAGAGCCACACGACUGCGUCCAGAGGAGCUGUGCCUGGCGGCCGCGCUGCCAAAUACACCCCUAGAAUGGUUCUCGGGUGUCCUCAGAACCCUGCAUCUCAAGCGUCCUUGCCGCACAACCUCCCCAGUGAUGUCACCUGCAAGUGGGCUGGACACAUCUCUCCCAGUAAGGUAGCAAGGGGUCCUCACCCUCCAUGGCUGCAAGAGCUGAUGGUUUCCCCAGCUCGGGAAGAGGCAUGAAAGAGGCAUGAGCCGCCGCGCCCCUCUGGCAGAGAAAGCCCUGUCGGAGGGCCACGCGCGCCUCCGGUACCGGCACACCUCCCUGCUCAUCUGGCAGCAGCAGCAGCAGCAGCUGGAAUCGGCGCCGCCGGGGACGUACCUGAGCCGGAGCCGGAGCAUGUGGUACUCCCAGUACGGAAACGAGGCCAUCCUGGUGCGGGACAGAAACAAGGUCUCCCGCGACACCGGCCAGUCCCGGUUUUGCACAGUGAUGUGAAAGCCUGCUCCCAGGUGCCAGCUGAGGAAGGCGGGCCUGCAUCGUUUGGAGGUCAUGCCAACUCUAACCGCGCCGAGAAGUCUGCGUCGUGAUCACGCUGUGGGGUGACAACUGGCCCACGAGGAGGCUUCUAGCAAGUCACCCUCACAGUCAAUGUCAUAACAUGGCAGUCCCCAGGGCCUGUCAAGAACAGCCUAGGCCUGGCCACUGCUAGGUGCCACCCUGUCAUGUCCCCACAUAAACGAGGCAGGAGUCGGACCCCCACUGUGGUUACAAGCAAUCUUUAUAAGUUUAAAAAUAAGCAAAACAGGGGGGCCAGCAGUUAGCGUAAUGGCUAUGUCGCUCGACUC